AUGAAACGUUUUCGAGCAACCUUUUUCCUCGGGCUUCUCCUCAUUGUCGGUGGAUAUGCUGAAGAUUUAACAACAGCAAAGCCGUCAAACUCGACCGAAGCCAUUCCAGCAAAAGAAUUGAAAGUAUCACGAGCAAAGAGACAAUGCUGUCAAACAUCUUCCAAUUGUAAUUGUGGAUCCACAUCCAGCAGCACAUCAACCUGUGUUCCGAUUUGUAUUCAAACCUGCCAGCAAAGCUGUGGCACGAAUUCGGCUUGCUCGAAUGCCUGCCCGACCUCGUGUAACACACAGUGUGGAUCCUCGAGCAACAACAACAACAAUAUGAUCCUAAUCCCAUCGAUUCCAUCAUCCUCAUCUUCAUGUUCUUCAUGUCAACAGAGCUGCAACUCUUGCACGACUCCCGUUUGCCAACAAACUUGUCAAGCCAACUGUGCUUCGCAGUGUGGAGGAAACACGCCACAGGUGAUCUACAUCCCAAGCACUUCAUCUUCAUCUUGCUCAUCUUCGUCAAACAACUGCAAUCAAUGCCAAAGCUGUUGCGCAAACACUUGUGGCACCUCUUCCAACUGUAAUUCUCAAUGCUCAAACAGUUGCUGUCAAUCAAACAGCAACUGUUGCUCAUCGGGCACACAACAAGCGUUCAUCCUAAUCCCCACAAGCUCCUCUUCAUCUUGCGGCACUUCUAGCAACUCUUGUGGAUCUUGUCAGAGCUGUUGCGCAAACACUUGUGGUUCCUCGUCCAACUGCUAUUCACAGUGCUCGAACAGUUGCUGUCAGAGUCAGAGCAAUUGCUGUGGAUCGUCCAACUCCAACAACCAAGCCAUCAUUUUGGUGCCAACUUCCUCGUCGUGCUCCUCCUCGUCGAACUCUUGCUCAUCAUGCCAGAACUGCUGUGUGAACUCGUGUCAGACCUCUUCUUGCGUGAACUCGUGCUCGAACAGCUGCUCGAGUUGCACAACCACAACCAGCGCUCCACAGAUCAUCAUUGUGCCGUCUUCAUCCUCGUCCUCGUGCAACUCAUGCCAAAACAGUUGUGCCAACUCGUGCUCGACUUCAUCAUGCUACAAUCAAUGCUCGUCUAACUGUUGCCAGAGCAACUCGAACUGCUGCCCAUCAUCCUCUUCAUCCUCUUCAUCUUCGUGCAACCAGUGUGCCUCAUCUUGCUUGAAUAGCUGCUCGUCAAAUACAAACAACUGUGCGAACACUUGUGCCAAUCAGUGCUCUUCGUCGUGCGGCUCAUCCAGCAACGCUCAGCAGAUUGUUCUCCUGAUCAGCGCUCAAAACGCCUGCUCAAACUCGUGCCAGCAAGCCUGCACAAACUCUUGCUCCACCCCGACUUGUCAAUCCAGCUGCUCAUCGUCGUGUCAACAAGCUUGCACCCCAUCAUGCUCCUCAAGCGGAUGCUCUACCUCAUCAACAACAAGCCAGCCAGUGCUUGUCAACAAUCGUGCGGAAGUGCCUGUGGAAGCAAUUCAGCUUGCUCAAACAGUUGCCAGAGCAGCUGUUUGCCCGCUUGUCAAACCUCAUCGUGCUCCACUGGUUCGUGCAAUUCCGCCACCACCAGCCAACCAAUCAUCAUUUUGCAAAACCAAGGAACCUCGUCUUGUCAAAACUCUUGUCAAAACGCUUGUGUGCAAUCGUGUCAACAAUCUUCCUCAUCAUCGGUCUGCGCUCCACUCUGCCAAGACACUUGUUCCACAACUUGCAGUCAGGCUCAACAAAUCGUGGUGCCUUGUCAGGCGUCAACGAGCGGUUCAUGCAGUUGCUCGAGUGGGUAUUCACAGUGUGGCUCAUCCUGUUGUCGACAUCGACGAGCAUAAAAAUGUCUCUUCAAUUGGUCAUCCCAACCAGAGACGAGAGCUUCCAAACAUAAACCCAUCGUCUCGGUCCUUGCCACACAUUCCGCCAAAGAAAUAU